CUGAAAUCAUUCAAAUCAGCCAGCCAACAUGAUUGUCUAAGGAAACAUUUAAGCUCCUCCUCAACGGAAGUCGAAUCCUUUAAAUCUACCUGCCUGGGUUUUACAUAAAUCAUACCAAAAUUGAAUCCAUGACAAUCAACUUAGCCUCGAGGCGUCAGAAAAGGAAACUACGGAAUGUCGCCAUUGUACAUCGGUUUUGCUAUGACCUUCUCAGUCAUGGUUAUUGUAAAUUUUAUUGGGAACUCCCUAGUAAUCUCUGUGGUUUUGCUGAACAAGUCCAUGAAGACGCCGAUCAAUUAUCUCCUAAUGAAUUUAGCCGUGGCUGAUAUGACUGUGGCGUUAUUCUCCAGUGUGCAGUUGAUCAUUUCACCGGCCAUAUCACACCCAACUGGAGCCAAAGGGACACUGCUGUGUAAGUUCUUAACAGGAGGGAACCCCGCUUGGAUAGGUGCAAUAGCUUCCAUAUUCUCCUUAAUAGCUCUUGCUUUUGAACGCUACUGCGCUGUCCUGCAUCCUCGCAGUAUACGACUUAAACUCACCAAGAGGAAAAUCCUGCUUUUGAUCAUCUUGUGCUGGUUUUUCUCUGUUGUCUUUACUAUUCCAGGCUUUUGGUGGAUGGUCUUCUUUCCAGGUACAAACACUUGCGGUCACAAGUGGACGAAACAAGUGUACGCGGAGGUUUACACGAUAGGUUGGACGAUUCUUGCUGGUUUGAUUCCAAUCAUCAGCGCCUACCGUUUGUGGUUCACAAAAGAUACAACUACAGAAGCAUCCCAGAGGGCCUUACUUCGUUGUAGAAAGAGAGCUACAAAAAUGGUUAUUGCAGUGACGUUCAUAUAUGUUCUAUGCUGGGUUCCUGAGCUUUCAAUCUAUUUUCUGGGAUUUACUGGGCUUAUGAAACUAACAUAUCUUCAUCACGGUAUUGCGUUGAGUUUGAUCGUUUUCAAUUCAAGUAUCAAUCCCGUGAUAUACAGCCUCCAGAGCAGCACUUUCAGACGCCAUGUAUCUGACCUUAUUCGUUGCAAACAAACCAAAAAUCGCAUUUUCCCAGGCGGCAACAGUACAUCACAAACGCGCUAACUCAAAUCGCUAACUGGGCGCUUACAAUCUUUUACCGUGAGUACCUGAAACAAGAACAGAGGAUUCAGUUUUUGUUACGGAUAAACUACUUUUAAAAUUUAACCCAAUAAACCUUUUUGAGAGCUGUAUAUAAGAAAUUAUGAAGACAAUGGGCACAACGAGUGUACGAGAAAAUCGAAAAUUGCAGAAUCAUCAU